AUGGCGGCCUCCAUGUGCGACAUGUUCUCCUUCUGCGUGGGCGCGGCGGGCCCGGCCCGGGGGCCCGUGGAGGUCCGCUUCGUGAGCAGCGCCAAGGGGAAGGGGCUCUUUGCUACAAGACCAGUCCAAAAAGGGGAGACCAUCUUUGUGGAGAGGCCUCUGGUGGCCUCCCAGUUCCUCUGGAAUGCACUUUAUCGCUACCGAGCCUGUGACCACUGUCUCCGGGCCUUGGAGACCGCAGAGGAGAAUGCCCAGAGGUUGUCGGGGAGGGCCUGUGGUGCCCUGCCUCAUCCUGAGCAGUGCAGCAUUCGGAAAGAUCUCCACCAGCUGUGUCCUCACUGUCAGGUGGCAUAUUGUAGCGCAGAGUGCCGCCAGGCAGCCUUGGAGCAGUACCACCGAGCCCUGUGCCUGGGGCCUUCUCAGAAUGACCCCGAGCAUCCUCUCAACAAGCUUCAGGAGGCCUGGAGGAGCGUCCACUACCCUCCUGAGACUGCCAGCAUCAUGCUGAUGGCCCGGAUGGUGGCGACUGUGAAGCAGGCGAAGGAUAAGGAAUGCUGGAUCAAACUCUUCUCCCAGUUCUGUAAUAAAACGGCCAACGAGGAGGAAGAGAUCGUCCACAAACUCCUGGGAGACAAGUUUCAGGGCCAGCUGGAGCUUCUGAGACGGCUCUUCACCGAGGCUCUGUAUGAAGAACAGCUCAGUCGGUGGUUUACGCCAGAUGGAUUCCGGUCUCUCUUUGCUCUUGUUGGGACAAACGGUCAAGGAAUUGGGACCAGUUCCCUGAGUCAGUGGGUCCAUGGUUGUGACGCCCUCGACUUGAAGCCCCAGGAGCGUGAGCAGCUGGAUGCGUUCAUCGAUCAGCUGUACAAGGACAUCGAGAGAGUGAGUGGCGAAUUCCUCAACUGUGAAGGGUCCGGGCUCUUCGUGCUCCAGAGCUGCUGCAACCACAGCUGUGUCCCCAACGCAGAGACCUCCUUCCCAGAAAACAACUUCCUUCUCCAUGUCACGGCCCUCGAGGACAUCAAGCCUGGAGAGGAAAUCUGUAUCAGUUACCUGGACUGCUGCCAGCGUGAGCGGAGCCGACACAGCCGGCACAAGGUUCUCAGGGAGAACUACCUGUUUGUUUGCUCCUGCCCCAAAUGCCUGGCCGAGGCUGAGGAUCCCAGUGUGACCUCUGAGGAAGAAGAGGAGGAAGAGGAGGAGGAGGGUGAGCCAGAGGACGCCGAGCUGGAGGACGAGAUGACUGAUGUUUGAUGUCCCGACCCUGACCCUCACCCUGACCUCGUCAUGCAGGAAAGGGGUCUUUGGGAGCUGCCCCCUGACCUCAUUCCCCAUCCUGAGAGGAGCAUCUGACCUCCCUGCUUCCCAAUCUGGCUGCCCAGGGCGUGGGGCGUCGUGAGCCUGGUGUGGAAAACUGGGGCCCUUGGACCUGUGGAGGGGCAGCCCGGGUCGGGGCGGGGGGCAGGCCUCACUCCCCCUUCCUGGCUCUCUAGUGAGCCCCACCCACUGUGAGAGUAUUCCAGUGGGGCACCAAGAUUGGCUGCAGUUUUUUGAAACUCCUGCCUACCCCAGCCUGUUAAUUGAUUUAUUUAUUUUGGGAACAAAGUUUCAAAGCUGAGUUACUGGGCACUGUCAAUGUGGGGCCUCCACUGAGGAAGCAUCAUUCGGCCUCCCCUCUCUUCCAGGGGCUCUCCCCAGCCUUGGCUGGUCACUUUUAGUUGGUUCAGGAAGCCGCUGGCCCCUUUGGGGGAUGGCUGCAGGCCCAUUCUGCCUAGCAGGGCCUUCUUCCUCUAGGCCCUGUCUGGUUUUGCCUCCCUCCCUGUCUAGGGGCUCCUCAGCCCCACAGUCAGGCCUAGACGCUCCUUCCCCAAGCCCUCAGAAUCUCAUCUUGUGCCUUUUCUUCCCUGCCUGGGCAGGGGUGGUGGUUGGAGCCUGCUGGGCCUGGGGGAGAUGUGAGCCUUUCCCUGGAAUGGUCGGAACUGGCAGCUGGGGGGCUUGGGGCUCUCACAGGGGGUGGAGCGUUUGCUCUUUGCCUGGGAUCAUUUAGGGGGAGAAGUGGGUCUCCUGUUGGGGAGGGGUGGAGCCCCUGUUUGCCUGCCUCCCACCCUUCCUAUUUGAAGGCCAUACGUACUGAUAACCUCUGCUGCAGGCCUCCAAUCCCGGGUUUCGGGGAGCUGGUUUUCUUGCAAUGCCAUUCCUUCUUUCCUCCUCUCCUUCCCACCUCUGGUGCUGUGCAGGCUUGUUAAUAGUGAGGACCUAGGGAACCGAGCAGUCUUCCUGGGGCAGAGGAGGGCUGUGGUGGCCAGCCAAGGGCUAGGGUGGUUCCAUCUGGGGGCUCGCCAUCUGCUGACCUGCCUUUCUCCUCCCCCAGUAUAAAGCAUCUGACCCUCUCCAGGGGUAUAAUCGGUGCCUACCCCUCCACUGGGCCUGGGGGGCUGUUCAUUGGUCUGGACCAUCUGGCCCAGCCCCAUCACGUAGAGGUCGGCAGGCAGUCCCAGGUGUGAAUCACUCCAUGCUGUGCUGUGUGACAGGAUGCGCUGCGCUCUCUCCCCCCUCUCUGUGUCCCCUGCCCCCCCCCAGGAGGGAAUGUGUCACAUGUCUUCCAUUUCCCUUUCCCUGUUCUGUCUGGUGCUCGCUCCAUGCUGACCAUCAUCCCACCCAGCCGUUCAGUGUUCUCAAUAAACCGUGACCCUCUGUACGGA